AUGUCGCGAGGAAAGCUAUUACUAGUGCUAGUGGUUCUAGCGGCAGUUGGUGUAUCGAAGCCACAAGAAUAUGGAGGUCAUUCAUAUAAAAAGCCCAACUUACCGUUUUUUUCUCAUCGUAAAUCCUUGUCGCCCAGCAUCACACAUAGCAAUCCUAGCCACAAUGACUCUGAAAAAAUAGAAUCAGUCCAACCCAUAGGUGUAAUUAUUAUCCCACAAGAACCGUGUGUCGUAAAUAACUCACCACAACCUUGUUCACCAACGACCAAACCCGUAACUCCAACAAAGGCUGCCCCUCCACUACGCCCUACGCUGCCUCCUCGGGUGACAUCAACACCAUCACGUCCUCUGCCAACUAAAUUACCUGAGCGUACGCCGUCUUCUUGGUUGACGUGUAUAACACGUCGUCCUCCAUCAAUAUCCGAGCCUCGUGAACAGAUACGACCAACAAAUCCAAUACAGGCACCCCCUGCGCUGCCUCUUAGGCAGUUAUGUACGACACGUCGUCCUUCGCCUAUUAGGGUACCAGAGCCACGUGAACAGACACGACCGACAAUUCAACGACAGCCUCCUACUACUAGGGCACCACCUCCGCCCCGAAAGCAGCCUCCUUGCUUCACAUCUACGACAUAUCGCCCUCCACCAACCAGAGGACCCCAGCCAUGUGAAAUACAGACAAGACCGACGACAAUUCAACGACAGCCUCCUACCACUAGAGCACCACCCCCGCCCCGUACUCAGCCACCUUUCUUGAGAUCAACGACACGUCGUCCUCCACCUACUAGAGCACCAGAGGCAUGUGAACACCGGACUACACCAACCACACCUCCACCAUACACAACUAAAGCGCCAGAACCAUGCAAUAAACAGACAAGACCAUCGAUGCCUCCUCGUCCUGUAGCGCCCGUCUUUAAACCAAAUUCACCACAAGUGCCUAAUGUGAAACCAACUCAAGUUAUAUCUGCUCCACCGUCACCGCCAGUGCAAGGAGUAUCGAAUAUAGAGCAUGUUGCUGACAACUGUGUCAACGGUGAGGUGUUCCCGACGACAGGCGGAAACUGCAAUCAAUACAUGAUGUGUUACUUCGGAAAGACUUUAGUGAUGAAUUGCCCGGCUGGUCUGGCUUUCAACAUUGACAUCAAGAGCUGCGAUUGGGCUGACAAUGUACCAACUUGCAAUCCUCCCGCAUUUGAAGGAUUAACUUGCCCGACCGAUGUGAAUAAUGACCACAUCGUUAAAUACAGGUACCGUGAAAGCUGUCGUCAGUACGUCGCCUGUCACGUGGGCAAGCCGCGUCUUCUGAGCUGUGAGGCGGGACUAUUCUUCGACGAGUAUACCAACUCUUGUGUCGACGCUGAAUAUGUCACCAACUUUAACUCAGAAGUUAACCCGAAUAAUAAUAAUUCAAAUACAACUGAACCAGAAGGAUCGAAAAAUCUCUCACCACUGUUAACAAUGAAAACUGGCAACCCAGUGUACAUUACGAACCAAGAACAGAAAAACAACUUUUACUUAUAUCCGAUUUUAGAAUCCAAUCCAACUGUCCAAACUAUAGAUAUACACAAAUACGAUCCAAACACAAAUAUACUUAAAACCAUUAUUAUAAUCCCACCGAAAAUUAAAAAGACCUGUGGUCACAACUCGACUGUUUUACAACCGCCUGUUGAAACAGACAAACCAACCAACCAACUAUGCGAUAAUAUUAAAACAACCACUACGAAGACUACCACAGUUUCGCCAAUUACGAAAAGACCCUGUUAUUUAACUACCACGGACACCUCACCAACUCCAGCAAAUGAGCGUACAAGAAAUCCAGUAAUAAGAGAUCCGGAUGGCUCUACUAAAUGCUCGCAAGAUGGUGUUUACCGUGCUAAUAAUGUUACUUGUGACCAAUAUUAUGUGUGUAUUUAUGGAAUACAAUAUUUGAUGGACUGUCCAUAUGGACUUGUUUUCAAUGAACAAUUAAAAGUUUGUGAUUGGCUCGAAAACGUAACGAAUUGUAAACCACCUGCAUUCAAAAAUUUCACCUGCCCUGACGAAGGUUACGGGACGGAUGGCGAUUUGAUCUUAAAAUUCAGAUAUCGAGACAGUUGCAGUCAAUACGUGGCUUGUCAUAAAAGAAAAGCCCGUCUUCUUAGUUGCGACUCAGGGUAUUACUUCCACGAAGAAUCUAGCAUGUGUAUGAACUAUAGAAGUAGUAGUAACUGUAGAGAUGUGUGGUACUCCUACUAA